AUGUCUAUCGACUUCCCUGCCGAAGAGGUGAAUGUCCUCAAUAGGUGGAAGGAGAUUAAUGCUUUUAGAAGACAGGUUGAGCUUUCUCAUGGCCGUAAACCUUAUACUUUCUACGACGGCCCUCCAUUCGCAACUGGGCUUCCUCACUAUGGCCAUUUACUGGCGUCAACUAUCAAAGAUAUCAUUCCUAGGUAUUGGUCUAUGAAGGGACACUAUGUUGAGAGACGAUUCGGCUGGGAUACUCAUGGCGUUCCUAUCGAAUUUGAGAUCGACAAGAAAUUGGGUAUGUCGGGCCUGGAGGCUGUCGAGAAACUCGGAAUUGAAAAAUAUAACGAGGAGUGUCGAGCCAUUGUCAUGAGAUAUGCGACUGAAUGGCGUCAGACUAUUGACCGACUUGGUCGCUGGAUUGAUUUUGACAAUGACUACAAGACCAUGAAUACGGAGUUCAUGGAAUCAGUCUGGUGGGUUUUCAAGCAACUAUUUGACAAAGACCUCGUCUACAGAGGCUAUCGAGUUAUGCCAUUCUCGACAGCUCUCAACACUCCCCUCAGCAACUUCGAGGCUCAACAAAACUACAAGGAUGUCCAGGACCCCGCGGUUGUGGUAACAUUCCCCUUGGUGGACGAUCCUGAAACUUGUUUGCUUGCAUGGACGACCACACCUUGGACCCUACCAUCGAACACCGGUGUCUCAGUCAACCCCAACUUUGAAUACAUUAAGAUCCUUGACGAGGCUUCGGGAAAACAAUAUAUCCUCCUCGAGUCUCUCCUUCGGACCCUCUACAAGGACCCGAAGAAGGCCAAGUUCAAGAUUGUCGAUCGGCUCAAGGGUUCGGCGAUGAAGGACUGGAAAUAUAUCCCGCUCUUUGACUACUUCUAUGAAGAAUUCAAAGACUAUGGAUUCCGUGUGUUAAAUGCGGAGUAUGUCACGGCUGAAGAUGGUACUGGUGUUGUUCACCAAUCGCCGGCAUUCGGUGAAGAUGAUUACAGGGUUGCCCUGGAGUCUGGAGUGAUCAACGAAAAGCGGCCGCCUCCUAACCCUGUCGAUGACCGCGGUAUCUACACAGCAGAGGUUCGGGAUUUUGCUGGUCAACACGUUAAAGCCGCCGAUAAGGCCAUUAUCAAACACUUGAAAGGAAUCGGCCGAUUGAUUGUGGAUAGCCAGAUAACUCACAGCUAUCCAUUCUGUUGGCGCUCUGAUACACCCUUGAUUUACCGUGCUGUUCCGUCGUGGUUUGUUAAGAUCCCCCCUAUUAUUCCUCAAAUGCUCGAAGGAAUUGAGGGCUCACAUUGGGUGCCUUCUAAUGUUAAGGAAAAGAGGUUCUCCAGCUGGAUCAAGAAUUCCCGAGACUGGAACAUUUCUAGAAACAGGUUCUGGGGCACCCCGCUACCGUUAUGGGUUAGCGAUGACUUCAAGGAAGUUGUGGCGGUUGGUAGUGUUGAGGAGCUCAAGCAACUUAGCGGCUAUGAAGGAGAGCUUACAGAUCUCCAUCGUGAUAAGGUGGAUAAGAUCACCAUCCCGAGCAAACAAGGUAAAGGGGUUCUUCGCCGUGUGAGUGAAGUUUUCGACUGUUGGUUUGAAUCGGGCAGUAUGCCGUAUGCUUCCCAACACUACCCCUUUGAGAACAAGGAGCAAUUCGAAAAGAGCUUCCCGGGUGACUUUAUUGCAGAGGGUUUGGAUCAGACUCGUGGUUGGUUCUAUACUCUGACUGUCCUGGGAACUCACCUCUUUGGUAAACUGCCCUUCAAGAAUUGUGUUGUGAAUGGAAUUGUCCUUGCCGAAGAUGGAAAGAAAAUGUCCAAGAGAUUGAAAAACUAUCCUGAUCCUGCCCUCAUCAUGGAUAACUAUGGGUCAGAUGCUCUUCGGCUUUACCUGAUCAAUUCCCCCGUUGUUCGAGCGGAACCACUGAGAUUCAAGGAGUCAGGUGUCAAGGAGGUUGUUGCCAAGGUCCUCCUUCCCUUAUGGAACAGUUACAAGUUCUUCGAAGGCCAGGUGGCUUUGCUCAAAAAGGCAGAGGGUAUAGAUUACGUGUUUGAUCCUGAGGCCGAGGCUACCAACACUAACGUGAUGGAUCGCUGGAUUUUGGCAAGCUGCCAGAGUCUUCUCAAGUUUGUCAACGAAGAAAUGGCGGGCUAUCGCCUGUAUACGGUUGUUCCUCGGUUGCUUGGAUUGAUUGAAAACACAACCAACUGGUAUAUUAGGUUUAAUCGGAGACGUCUCAAGGGCGAGAAUGGUGUUGAUGAUACAAUGCAUGCCUUGAAUACCUUAUUUGAGGUUCUUUAUACUCUGGUUAGAGGUCUUGCACCUUUCACGCCUUUCCUUACCGACAAUAUCUACCUGCGACUCCUUCCUCAUAUCCCCGAAGCGCUCCGUAGUGAGGAUAGCCGGAGUGUCCAUUUCCUUCCGUUUCCUGAGGUGCGUGAGGAGCUCUUUGAUGAGGCUGUUGAGAGACGGGUGGCUCGGAUGCAAAAGGUCAUUGAAAUGGGUCGUAUUUCUAGAGAGCGACGUUUGAUUGGUCUGAAGACUCCCUUGAAGACGCUUGUUGUCAUCCACCAAGACCAGCAAUAUCUGGACGAUGUCAAAUCCCUGGAGAGUUACAUCCUUGAGGAGCUGAACGUUCUUGAAUUGGUCUUGUCAUCAGACGAGGCUAAAUACAACGUUCAGUACAGUGUUACCGCUGACUGGCCAACUCUGGGAAAGAAACUGAAGAAGGACGUCCAAAAGGUCAAGAAAGCUUUGCCAUCGGUUACAAGCGAUGAUGUGAAGAAGUUUGUUGCAGACAAGAAGAUUCUUGUUGACGGCAUCGAGCUUGUUGAAGGCGACCUUGUGGUGAAACGAGGCGUCAAGGAGAACCCAUCUUCUCAGGGAAUGGAGCCUAAUACCGAUGCCGAUGUUUUGACUAUCCUGGAUGCAAACCUAUACCCAGAACUAGCGCAUCAAGGGCUGGGCCGAGAAAUCAUUAACCGCGUGCAGCGUCUUCGUAAAAAGGCCGGUCUAGUCCCCACUGAUGACGUGGUCAUGGCAUACACAGUUCUCUCUGAUCCUGACAAUGUCGGCAUUAGUGAAGCUUUCGAAACUCAGGCCAGUGUCAUCGAGAAGGUUUUGCGCAGACCGCUCGACCGGCAAGAGCUUGCUGACGGCAAGGAGGAACGCAUGAUCAUCCAAGAGGAGCAAGAGGUCCAAAAAGCGACAUUCUUGCUGAAGCUCCUUAAGCUAUAG